CGUUGAUAUCCAAAUUACGGGCUCCCCUUCAAUCUCCGUAAUGGUUGCUGCCCUAAAUCGUGCUUGACCGACCGUGAACGCGGCGAGAACCAGAGACCGAACAGACAGACAAGGGCGUGUGAAGCUGCAAAAUUCGUUAUCAUCAUGUUGGAUCCUGUGGAAUUGAACGCGUAUCCUUCAUGUUAUGGCUGUGCGUCGUGGUCUACAGACGGUGAACUCGUUAUUGCUGCGGGAGAAAAUGUACAUCUCUUGACACCCAAAUUCUCCACCCAACGGCAAGAGGAGCAGACUACGCUUCCACGCCUGAACUCACAAUGGGAAAUCACCAAAAUCCGUGUCAACAUUUUCACACAGGACGAAUGGCCUCUCUUGAUGCCACGAGCUGGACGCGUGUUCUCGGUUGGUGAGGAGCAAUCCCUCAGCCAUGUUACUGCUGUGUCCUGGUCAGCGCCGGGCCUCGCAACAUACAAGCGUUGCAUGCUGGGCGUUUUGACGAGUAAUCUGCUCUUAUCGUUGUGGGAGGCGACAGAUGGGGCAGGAAAAUGGGCGCGGAUUGGAGUCGUGAAUUCGUCGCUGGAAGAAUAUUUCAGGGCCUCUGUCGAUAACGACGACGAUCUGCUCAAGAGGAAGCAGAGGAUUCGAUCAUUUACCUGGACCGCACCGUGUAAUGAGUAUGAUAAAGGGCCAGUGGAUGACUCUGAAGCUGCAAAUGGACCAAGAAAAUGGGGAGUCCAUCUAUUAGUGGUUGCAAACGAUGCGGGCGAUAUUGUUCUGCUCAGACUUCGGCCUCAUGAGACAAACUCGAGCUCCUGGAUAGUGGUCGUCUCCCAUUUUUUGCUCAACCCUAUGCGAAAUAUGUUUCCGAGCAUCGAUUCCAGCUCGCUAUUUGCAAGGUCAUUACAAGGGAAGAAUUUGAUAAGGCACAUGGCAUGCAAGUCUUGGAAUAUAGCGCCCCCGCCGGAGGAAGAUGGGACUGUAUGCCUAGAAUCUAUGUUGGGCCUCAUUUAUGGCUCAGAGCUUAGACUAUUGCGGCUGCAAGCCAAUUGCAAAUAUGUCGAAUAUACAGGAUGGGACUUGUGGGAUAUACGAAUGCUCGAGCUUGAUAUCGAUGCGGACACAGAUAUCGUGAAAGGGACAGAAUUUACGGGCCCAAUAACGUGGAUCUACAAGGAUGGGCGGGUAGCUCAAGGUCUGCUUGUAGGAAGACUCGGCAGUGUAUCUACACUCGCGUUCCAGGAUCCGGUUGAAAGUCAAAGGCCAGCGCAAGGAUUCUUAAAAUGUAGUGUGUCGCAACGAUAUCUCGGUGUUGCGACCCCAGAUUCUGCUCUCGAAGACUGGUCUUCUAUAACUGGAAUAAUCUCGAUAUACGAUGCCACGUCAAACUCCGUUCUUUUGAGUGCUGCUAGUCUCUCGGCCUCUGUCGACUGCUAUCAGCUUCAAUCCAGAGAUCAAGAAGACGCCCAGGGUAUAGAUGGCACCGCCCAAGCCUGUAAAGCUGAGUGGCAAAGACAGAUUGAAAGUUUUCGCAGCCGAUUCGAUUUGGACAACGACUUGGGUGGGAUGUCAGCUGUAAGGAUAUGGGGUUUGACUACUUAUCAUGGGUGGACGGCGGUGUGUUUUACCAUACAUCCUACUGAUAUGGUAGAGCAUCUAACCCCUUCACACGAACGCCUAAGGAUCGUAUUCUCUCCAUUCAGUGAACACAAUCGUGAUCACACCAGCCCCGGAAUGCCGUGGAAUUUUCCAGUCUUGGAUCAAAGCCACGCCGAGAACGCGAGACGAAAGGUCCUAAAUUAUAUACUUGAUGAGAGCCAUCGGUCUUUGCCAGAUGACCGUUGGAUUAAGAAGUUGCAAUACGCCGCCUCCUGCUGUGUGAUAAUACAAUCUAGUUAUGACGGUGAACUCUUGAACCGCGCUAAAUCGGCAAUAGCAUGGAUACAAGAAAGUACUAGCCUUGACUUUACCACGGAAAAGUCGCUUUUGGAUGAGAUUGGAUCGAACUAUGACGAUGGCACUCUUUUUAGAUCCGUACCCGCCAAGGCUGCAGAAGAGGCGGGCGGCCCUGCUAGCGAAGUCUUUGAAACCUGUGAAAUAUGUGGCAGCGGAAUAGAAUGGUAUUCUGCUACAGAGUCCCAAUGUCACGAAGGCCAUAUUUUCGUUCGCUGUGGUGUAACACUCCUAUCGAUCCAGGACCCAUUUAUAUCGAAUCGCUGCAGCAGAUGCGAGACGGAGUACCUGGACCAUGCGCGGCUUGUGGAAAAGGGGCUAUUAUCAAAAGAUGACGGGCAUACAGGACUACUCACACGGCUGUUAAGCACGUUUGAUACGUGCGUGUAUUGCACCGGGAAGCUUCGAAGUUGAGUAGGGUCGCGGAGCUUAAUCAAUUGAAUCCGAAGUGGACCUCAUGGGCGCGCGCAUCAAGAUGAACCUUGUAUCUUGGAUGGAAGGUUCCACGUACUGCUAGAGGAGUGUAUGUUCUCCAAUCUGGAGUGAUGCGCGGGAUACAAACCAGUCCUCGGAAAUGUCGCGGUGGACGAGUUCAAUUUUGACAUGACGUGUCACGGA